AUGCCCUUCCCACUCAUUGAGGACAUUAAGAUAAAUCCCCUUCCUUCACCUCCUCAAUUAGCUUCUGUUGUGCCUUCUUCUCCUUGCCCCAACCCUUCCACUCAACUUCCCGAAUUGCCACCACGUACCCCAAUUACGGAUUUGCCAUCAGCUGAACCAACGCCAUUGGAUCCAAUCGCUCCUACCAAUGAACCGCCUCGCAAAUCCUCAAGAGCGUCUCGUCCGCCCCGGUGGCUUGCAGAUUAUCAAUGCUCUUCAACACUCUCUUCACCUACGACCAAUACCACAUCUUUGCAUGGUAUCACCUAUCCCCUUGCUCAUUACAUCUCUUAUGAUAGAUUUUCCUCCUCAUAUCGUGUCUUCCUUGCUUCCAUAUCAUCUAACCAUGAGCCCAGAAAUUUUACCAUUGCCAUGAAAGGUGCCCGCUGGAGAGAUGUCAUGACUGCCGAGAUAAGAGCGUUUGAAUCUAACUAUACUUGGACUGUCACACCCUUGUCACACGGUAAACAUGUCAUUGGGUGCAAGUGGGUGUACAAAAUCAAAUACCAUAUAGAUGGAAGUGUUGAACACUACCAAGCAUGGCUUGUAGCAAAAGGUUACAUCCAAGCCGAAGGCAUUGAUUACCACGAGACAUUCUCUCCUGUGGCCAAACUUGUCGUUGUACGAUGUCUCCUUGCCAUUGCAGCUGCUAAAUCCUGGCCUUUGUACCAAUUAGAUGUCAACAAUGCGUUCCUCCACGGUGACCUAGCUGAGGAAGUGUACAUGCAAUUGCCCCUUGGAUUUCCUAAAAAAAGGAAAGGAUGGAGCAUGGAGAACAACUUGUUUGUCACCUAA